GAUUAUGUGUCAACGCAUUUGACCAAUUCGAAAUUCAUGAGUAGGCAUUUCUCUUUCAGAUUUUCUGGAGGUUAUGUCACUACAGAGACUGCUAUGGAUUAGCUAGCAAGAUCUUAACAGAUGUCUGUAUACUUCGACUUGCAUUGUGCAUGUCUGUACAAUUUAAAAGUUGAGCGCUUUGUCCUAGCUAAAGAACAUAGCAGGGUGUUACAGCACAACGAGCAACAUGGCUGAGGACAGCGAGUGGGUCGUGGAAAGCAUUGCAGGAUACUUGGGAAGUCCCGAAUGGGUUGUUCCCGUUACAGACUUCAUGGAAAACAAAUGCACAGUUUUUGAUGAUGAAGAUGAAAACAAAUUGACGUACACAGACAUCCACGAGCAGUACAAGCACUUGGUGGAAAAGCUGUUAGAGACCUACAUGCAGGAAGUUGGCAUAAAUGAGCAGCAGUUUUUGGCGGCAUGUUCUUCGCCCUUUGCUCAGUCCAAGACCCUGCAGACUGUGUUCCAACCGGUUGUAGCCACUGACGACUUCCAGAUGUUCCGCUCUCUGAUGGUGCAGAAGAACAUGGAGCUGCAGCUCCAGGCCCUCCGAGUCCUCAAAGAGACCAACGGAGCCCUGCCUGAGUGUCUGACCGACGGGCUGGAUGUGAUGACUGAGCUGGAGCAGCAGGAGAUGAAGAUCCUACAGGAGGUGCUGAGAAGGUCAAAGGAAGAGUAUGAAGAGGAAAUGUCUCGAAAACUGCAACUAGAAGAGGAGGUUGGCUCCACUUCCAGCAGCUGUGCUGAUAGGCCGGUUCCUGAGCCCGUCAAUGUCCGGAAUCCCGCCCCCACUCCGCAGACAAACACCACCAAGAUGAACGGUGCCCCUCAGAAGAAAGAGGAGGUCAAGGCAGGGGGAGCCGGAGGACAGAAGAGUUCAACCAAAACAAAUACAUCCGGCCACUGUAAACAAACAGAGUCGAGCGGUGGGGCUGUGGAGACCAAGGUUCUUCCUGCAGUCAGAGCUCCAGUGAAGGGUACCGACACCCCAGUCAGCUCCAGGGACAAUAGCAGCAUCUCCAGUAGCCAGGCAGCAGAGGGCUGGAUAGAGGCGGCCCGCAUGGAAGCAGGCAUUUCCAAGCCAUACACUGAGCUGUCCAUGGCCCAGCAGGAACAGCUCCAGCAGAGGGCGCUCUACCUGCGACAGCAGAGAGACAAGCUGCAAGCGCUGAAGAAGGAGCAGAGACCCAAAUCUGUCACGCCAGAGGAACCGCCAGCAGCCCCUGCCCCCGCCCCGACCACACCGGAGGGAGGUCCCCUAAGGAACGGGGCGCUUGGUACGGGUUCUGUCUCUCCCUCACAGCCUGGCCACUCCCCUGGGGGCGGGCACAAGCCGAAGGAGAUCUCAGUGGAGGAGAAGAAGAAACUGCAGAAGAGGAAGCACCUGGCUGAGAAGCUGAAGGAGGAGGUCAUCAAGAAGUAAAACUGACCUGCAACCGUGCGUACGUUUAAAGAGCAACUGUAGUCUUACCAGGACUGUGAGCACCAGAGCUGAGGGACGAUGUGCUUAGAAAGGGGCCAAUGGAUGUUUGUGCCGUAAGAAUGCAGUAUUUAAAAUCAGUCUUAAGUCUUAAAAGGUAUAAUAAUGCACCAACUGUAAUAUGAUGUAUGCUGUUUAAUAAAUACAAUUUUAUACAA